AUAGCAGCCAGUUUUGGUGGUGUUCUUUCUGGCGUCAAUCCUUUUCACUACAAUGCAAGCUCCCCCAUAACACUGUUCGUGAUCCAGACGUGCAUUAUUCUGUUGCUUUCCAAUGGACUCCACCUAUUCUUGGCAAGACUCAGACAGCCCAAAGCUAUCUCUGAGGUAGUAGCAGGGGUUAUUUUGGGUCCAACAGCUCUGGGCCAGAUUCCUCAUUAGUCUAACACUAUUUUCCCCAAGGCUUCCGUUUCAGGGCUCAAUUUGGUGGCUAACCUCGGGAUCAUUCUGUUCAUGUUUUUUCCUAGGUUGGAGGUGGAUGUGCAGUUCAUCAAGAGCCACGCGAAAACCGCGUUUUCCGUGGGACUGGCAACUCUGGUCGUCCCUUUCGGUUUAGGAUGUUUGUAUGCCUUGCCUCUGUACAACACGUAUAUGCAAGGCACAGCAAGUGAACUGACCGUCAAAUUCACGGUUUUAUGGUUUUUAUAGCCGUUUCUCUAACCGUGACGGCCUUUCCCGUGCUUUGUCGCAUUCUGACGGAGCUGAAAUUGCUUAGAGAGCGCGUCGGUGUUGUGGUUCUCGCAGCAGACACUAUCAAUGACGUAAUUGGAUGGAUUUUACUGGCACUGUGCAUUAUUCUCUCUAAUUCGCAAGCACACGCAGUAAACGUGGUGUACAUCUGACUGUGCACCCUUGGCUGGUUCUUGCUGUAAGCUUUUCCAGUACGGUAUGAGUACGGUAUGCAUUGAGAUGGCUGCUACUUCGAAUGCACAAAUUUGAACGCAGCAAACCUUCCACUAGAAGCACUUCGUUGAUACUGGUCUUGGCGAUCUUUAGCGCUUACUUCACAGACACCAUAGGUGUGCAUCCGAUAUUUGUUGCUUUCAUGGCGGGUCUCAUUGUUUCUCGGGACCAGAACUACGUCAUCAAACUAGCAGAUCGCAUGGAGGACAUUCCAAAUAUUGUGAUGUCUCCCAUUUACUUUAUCAUUGCAGGCCUUAACGUCGAUCUUACGAAACUGAAUUCGGGGAAAGAUUGGGGAUUUACUUUUGCAAGCAUAGGGAUCGCCGUUUCCACCAAGUUUUUAUCCGGCUUUCUUAUGUCAAAAUUGAAUGAACUUUUUUGGCGCGAGUCUUUAGCCGUUGGCGUGUUAAUGUCUUGCAAGGGAAUUGUGGAGAUAGUCGUAUUAACAACAGGGCUUAAUGCCGGGAUCAUUUCUACAAAGAUUUACUCGAUGUUCAUCUUUAUGGCUCUAAUCUCGACUUUUGUUACCACGCCAUUAACAAUGUGGCUGUUUUCAAAGUCGUAUCGAGAAGAGCUAAAGGUGUCUUUGGAGAAAUCUGCGAACGAAUCGCAGGAAAACGACCUCAAAACUGACGGGAUGCUAGUUGCCUCGCGAAACAAUUUGCAAAACAUUCACAUAAUGCGAGUAAUUAUUGUGCUGAAUAAGCCGGAACUGGUUUUCCCCACUGUGUCGCUGCUGAAUAAUUUGGUUCAUAAGGAACCUCUUGCAAAAAGUCGCAUCAAUGAAGCGACACCACAGCCUAAAUCGUCCGGCACCACUACACAUGUUGAGAAUCCAGUAUUUCUAGGAAGUGCCAAAAAUGCUCAUCUCGAACAGCAAAUGACCCUCACGAACUCAGCCGAGGGGCGAACUGAACUUAAAACGGUAUGUUUACGACUUCUGACUGAAAGAACAACAGACCUGCUACAAAACUUACCGAAUUUCAGUAGUGACCACUUGAAUCCUAGCUUUCCGAGCCAUUUUUGUUUGGAAACGAUCCAAAUGUUUUCUCAGCUGAUCAACGCUGCGCAUUGCGGGGAGGUUAUUUUCACUCUGUUGAAUGGUUAAGUGUCUCACUUCAAUGAAAUUCCCCUUACGGGGUCCGACCUCGUCUUACUUCCCUCAAAUGGAGUAAGUGACAUGAUUGCAAAUUAAAGGCCAAAAGAUCUAUUGACGCGUAUGCUUGCUACAAAUGAGCUACCCAGUAAUUUCUUACAGUCUAUCGCGUCAAAAUGUGCUUCCAAUUUAGCACUUUUUAUCACCAACAUGGAAACAGACAAGAAGUACAGAACAACAGGGGGGGAAGACUUUUACCUAGUUAUGCCCGGCGAAAAAUUGACGGAGUCUGAUUAUCUGUGCAUGCAUCUGUUGAUAUUGAUCAUUUCUAGGGUCUUGAGCAAAGACUAUAGUGGUGGCCCCACACUGAAUAUUUGCAUCAACGGCAAGAACGCGGUCUUUUUCAAGGACUUCUGGUCUGAUUAUGGCAUCGGUGAAAACGCAGUUCGGAUAAUGCCUUUGAACUACACGAUGAAGAAAUCAAGCUCAGUUGAUUCCUCGCUCGAUUUUGGGUUUAUAGAUGCAGUAUUGGAGCAGAUCGCUUCGUCAGAAGAAACUGGCCUAGCAACCAGUACAUUUAUUAUUGGGGACUCAUUUUUGUCACAGGAUCAGCUAUUCAGUCUUGAAGUUGAGUCAGUUAUCACGCGAAGCUUCAAAGAACAUUUUGACUUAAUUAUCUGUCACAGAAAUCUUGGCUCAGACAAUAAUCGAUGA